AUCCCUGAGCACAAGUUAUGUCGAAAAAUAGAACACUUGAUGAUUCAUAUGUGUGCAGCCCAUCACUACCCUCACCAUGCUCUUGAUUUUGAGGUGUGUGAGUCAGCGUUGGAUCCUGUUCUACACUCUGGGCAUAGAUUGAGCUAGGGCAGGCAUAACCGAGCUUACUGUUGCCAUGUUAGCAGAAAAAGAGUGAUCAUUGCUCAGUCGAUAUAGCGACAUUAGCCGAAUAGCAUCCACCAUACUUUGGCUACAAAGUCAUCUCUUCCACAACUAGGCCUACAUACAAUUGCGAGGAAUAUUGUUUUGCCAUCUACGGCCAGGAAGAAAUUGCCCAAUGAUUAAUCUCAAUUGAAUUGACAAAAAGUCGAUUGUUGCAUCAACUGCCACACCAGGAUUAUAACAUUGUGAUAAAAACUUGCAGCGUGAAUAAUUGGGUGUGUUAACUCCAUCCAUCAUUUAUUCCUCACGUAUGGAGAUUGAUAUUUGAAAAUUUGCAACACAAUAAACAUAUAGAUUCAAUACACUGUCUAGCCAGCAGUAUAUUUUUCAUUUGUGUGGCAUCCAAUUGCUAUAUUAUACAGCACAAAAGCUAUCCGUAUGUGCAGUGAAUUAAUUGCAUUGGUUCUUCGGCCUCAGAUAUUGGAUAUAAUCAGGAGUGCUAUAGACUGAGACAACCACAGCUGGUGCAUGUAUUCAAUGCUCCUAUUGUCUGGACAUUUUCAAAUAAAGCUUUAGGUGGAUUCAAGGACUAUCUCAUGAUCUGACAGUGGAGUUCCAGGAAGACAAUUCAGGGUUAUUUUCGGUGGAUAUAACCCAGUGCGUGGAAUUCGAAAACGAGCUAUCAUUUUCACUGCCGGCGCUGUUGUACUAUCUCGUGUACACUGUCUAGGUCACACCCAUCGAGUCUGCUCAGAGGCUGUUCUGCAGGAGUGAGUCGUGUGCUGUGCUGGACUACAGGUUGUGUGUUAGGAGGAUUGCUUAUUUCUUGCUGGUUGUAGGUGAGGUAAGGAGCCAAGGAGCCGGUGAUUCACCAGCAGCUGUAACUACUAAUCCCACUUCUCUCUGACUGUGAAUUUGCUAAAAAAGGCAGGUAGGAUAUAUUCAGUGCCUUGCUGUAGCUGGAGCAGUAGUGAAGAAAUUGCAUUCCUCUGAAACUGGUGUGGGAAAAUCUACUGUAGACAGUGUAUUGGAAUACUAGUAUUGGUCCAAUUUAAUUUUGGAUAGGGCCUAUUGACAUUGGAUUAUCGAAUCUUUCGUAGUUUUGGAUUAACUUUGGAUUUUGAUCAUCAAAAUGGGGUGUCGGCAAAGUAAAGAGAAGGAUGGGGAUAUAGGGACUGACGUACCCGGAAAUCGGCCAACCGAAAAUCAAAAUGCGGUCGACAAGAAGGCGGCUAUCAUGAUCGAGGAGGAUAAGGGGAGUGUUGGAAUAGAUGAGGAUUUUCCGUUCAUCGACGAUAAUGGGGAUACACCCAACGCGGAGAAAAAGCUGAAGGAUGGAGAAGUUAAAGGUGAGGUUAAUGAAAAUAUAGAAAAAAGCGAGGAACAGAAAAAUGAGUCAGCUCCAAAUAAUAUUUUUGAGGGGCGGGACAGCAUGGUCGUAAAAGAAGAGACGACAGAUUCGGAAAAUGUCCAAGUCAUUAAAGAGACUGGCGAUAAUGUUGAGCAUGAAAGAACUAUUGUUACCAAGCAAGUUAAGGUUGUCCGGGAGGAGGUUGUCGUAGUUAAACCUGGUGAUGAGGUUCCGCCACCCGAGGGGACAAAGCACGUCGAAACUGAGACUGUUACCGAAAAGCAUAUUGUUACGCAAAAGUUAGUCGAAGUUCAGCCAUUAGAUUCUAGUCAAGAGCCUACUAGGAUCAUUUUGGAAGAGCACCAUGAGGUGCAGACCAUUGGGGAAUCAGAUACUGCCCCUGAACCAGCAGCAGAGCCUGAGCCAGUAUCGGAGCCAGAGACCAUACCCGUACAAGAGCCAGAGCAAGAGGUUGCCCCAGAACCUAUCGUAGCUGAGAAAGAGGAAGUACAGGAGAGUACACCAGAGGCCUUGCCCGAACCAGAAGUCAUUGAUGUUCAGCAGGUUGAAUUUGUUGAGUCUGCCCCUGAGCCAAAAGCAGAGGAACCAGAACUGGUUGUUGAAGCUGCCCCCGAGGAGGCUCAAGAAGAACCACAAAGCCUACCAGAACCAGAACCAAUUGAAAGUCAACCAGUGGUGCUAGAAGAGAAUGACAGUGAUAUUCCAAUGAAUCUGCCUGAACCGGUAGAACCAGUGCCUGAACCAGCCGAGCCAUUAGUUGAACCGGUUAAAGAAAAUGUUGUCGAGUCAAUGCCAGAACCAGUCGAGUCAGAUCAGCAUGAGGAGCCGCAGCCUGUUACUGAGGAACCUAUGGAGCCUGUUCACAUACAGAUGUCAGAAUCUGCACCAGAGGAGAGUCCUGCACCGGAGGUGAUUGAAGAAGAGGUGGCAUAUGUUGAGUCGCAGCAAGAGGAGGUUGAGGAGGAGGCACCGCCAGCACCAGAACCUGUUGUAGAAGAGCCAGUUCCAGUCGAAGAGGAGAAGCCUGUUGAGCCUGAGCCACAGCCAGAAGAGCAGCAAGCCCCAGAACCUAUUGUUGAAAUUGAGGCAGCUGCUGCACCAGAGGUCGAGGAAAUGCCACCAGCGCCUGAGCCAGCUGUUGAGGAGGUGCCCCCACAGGCUGAGGAAUUGCAAGAACCUGUCACUGAGAUAGAAAGUGCGCCGGAACCAGUAGUGGAGGAACUACCCCCUGCACCAGAAGAGCAGCCAUCAGGGCCAGAAGCUGUAGAGGAGGUGCCCCCACCUGCUGAAUUACUGGAGCCUGUUGCUGAGGCGGAAAGUACACCCGCACCUUUUGUGGAGGAACUACCAUCUGCACCCGAGGAGCAGCCAUCAGAGCUUGAAGCUGUUAAGGAAAUACCCCCUGCGCCAGAAUCUGCACCAGAACCAGAAGCAGCCCUAGAGGAGUCGACAGAGCAUCCGGCCCCCGAAACUGCAGCUGACGACCUUCCUGCUCCCUUAGAAUCGCAAAACCAAGAGACAUUAGAAAAUGUAGAAAAGUUACCAGAACCUAUCGCAGAGGGCGCUAGUCAAGAUCAUGACACACAACCUGCUGUAGUCCAAGAUAGUUAAAUAUGAGACAUUUUGAGACAAGAUAGUUCAAUUUUAAAUGACUUUUGUGGAAUCUGAGAUGGUCGACUGUACUGGACUAUCUGGAGCUCUAGAUUUCCCUAAGAUAAAGAAGCUUUUUUAUUGCCUUACUGAAUUUGGGGAUGACUGAACAUUUUAUUUUCGCAAAGUCAAACGUGCAUUGCUUAUCUGAUAUGUGACUCUCAAUGGGGUAUUGAAAAAUACUACUAUGUUUGGCUCUCAGUGCUCAGUUGCUGUCGGGAUAUUUUUAUGGAGUCCAAAUUGAAACGAUUAUUGGAUAAUGGUACGUGAUUGUCACUGGAAUGUUGCAUUCAAUGAUUGCUGAUACGACGUGAUUUUGGAAUACAAACGUUUGACUGAAUAUCUGGGAGGUCACGUGACUCUGUCGAGGAUUCCAAGAUUGUUUUAAUUUAGAUGCUUUCCUUCCAUGUGUGGACACUUACUGUAAAUACACCCCUGAGUCAUCCUUUAAACGGAACAAAUGGAUGUCAAUUUCAUAGUCGUUUCAUACAUCAUAAUGGAGUAUAUGCCUCUUGCCCAAUGGAGCAUAUUCCAAGCCGCCCCUCCAUGGAGCGGGAGUCUGAUUACCAAAAACUCAACAUAUAACCACACCCCACAGUAGUCAAUCAAGAUAUCUGGGUUCGGGCUAUUACAAAGUGCCCACACUGAGUUUGCACUAACUCGAAAUUGACAUCCAUAACAUUUCAGCCCGGGGAUGCCUUAUAGAGGUGAAUUUAUAGUAAGCUGUUGGUUCAGACUUUUUAAAGUCCGUUCUGUUUUUGCUGGAUAAACUUUUGUUUCGGAUUCGGACGAAAUUAUUUCGAAAAUGUACAUUAUGACGAACUGUCCUAUUUGUGAUUCUAAAAAUCAUUUUAUAAUACAUAAGCGGCGGAACAUGUCUACUUUCUAUGAACAGUGUGGAUAAUGAUAUAUAGAUAUAUAUACGCAUAUACUCUAAGUGUACAAUCGAAGUGGAUUACUAGUGGAUUAUGCAUGUUGUAGCGUUCUGUUUCGCUCUAUCGUGAACAGGACAGCCUGUACAUUUCAUGUAGGAUGACAUAUAGGUGAUUAUUAUAGACGUCGCUGUACAUAUCCGAGCAGGAUUAGUGGUCGGUACUUAUCCCAAUGAACUAAGGAUAUUUUUUGGAAUUUCUAUUGAACAAAUUUAAGUGUGCCCACCCAUUUGUCAUGUUCUUUUCUACUGGUAAAAACUACCAGAAAAGCUAUAUUGCAAGUGACCUCCCUGAAAUAUUUUUGCUCCUAAAAUCCGUCAAUUAUUCCCCCAACAAUCCUAGAUUACCAUAAGAAGUUUUGAAUUGAAAUUGAUAAAAAUAAGUUUUUUGGGUGAAGCAGCAGUUUUCUAACCAGUUAUGCAAUUUACUACAUGACAUGAAACAAGGUGCCGAAAUUAGUAAAAUUAGUGUGCCUAUAUUAGUGAGGAAAAAAGGAACCUGGACCAAACUUAUGCAAUUGAAAGGCCUGGUUAGGUAAUGGGCCAGCCUACAUGUUAAGAAAUUUCAUACCAAAAGAUUUUUCUUUUAAAAGAUCUUGAAAUAUCCUUAGUUUUUUGGGCUUGAGACCGUUGUCCGUUGCUAUAUGGUGUUAUAUAUAUCAUGCCAGUGUCCUGUGUUGGAUUAUACAGCUAGUCAAAAACAACAGUCUCGUACAAGUGGAGUCUAUUAUGCCGUGCAAAAUAUCAUGAUAUCAUGUCUGCUACUUGCACUGCCUCGUUGCCAUGGAUACUAGAUCGAUGUGUGGAAUAUAAAAUCAGGAUUUGGAAUUUUUGCUGCCGCACUCUGGAUUAUAGCAUUCACGCUUUGGAUUAUGCUGCAAAUGUGUAGCAGUGGUGUCAUCUCACAUUUUGUGUGGAGAUAAACUUCAAGUUGUUUUAACUUCAGAGUUCAUGAGUAUCAGUGGCCUAAGGCCAGAUUAAAAAAUUCCCUGUUUCUCAUCAGUAUGCGCCUCCAAAAUAUGUUGUUGCAUAUAUGCAACAACAUAUUUGCAACAACAUAUAUGCAACAACAUAUUUUUCUCAAGCCAACACAUAUGUUGAAAAAUAUUUUUGAAAAAAAACUCAAAAAGCACCCAAAGCAUUUAGAUCAACCUCUCAUGAGAGAAUUGAGAUUUUUUGAGAUUUCAGAAAGUUUUCAGGAGAAAGACAAACUCGGAAUUUCUUUGUCUGGUCUUUUAGUGGGUUUUGUCCUUAGUUUGCCUGUAUGUCCUGUAUCUUUAGUAUACAUACAGAGUUUUGGGCUCUAAAAUUGAGGUUUUAACAGUAUCAAUAAUAGCAAGAAUUACUGAUGACUAAUCUUUAUAAAUUCUUGCUAAAAUGUAACUUAUACCAGAUUUUCAAUUUCAGUAAGUAGUUUUUUGUGACAAAAAUCAACGAUAUUAGAGUAUAGACCUGUCAGAAAUCAUGAUAACCUCACUUGUUAUUUACUUUUCAAUUCCACAAUAGUCCUGCAGAUUUAUCUGGUGACACAUUCUUUGAUAUCGAGAUCUGGCAUCUAGGGUAAUUUGAUCGAAUUUUUUAUCAAGUGGCCGGGUCACACAUGAUCAGAUGAAGUGCCCCUUCCAGAGAAUUCCACCAAUUUGUUCUGUUCUACUUUCGGGUGAGAAUGUUAUUGUCCUAAUGAGGAAUAUAGGAGAAUAACCUGAUGACCUGGGAGGGGUAAUCACUUCUUGUUGUUAUGAACUUGUAAUUCUAAACAACUUGAUUUAUAGUAAAUCACAGUUUAGAGUGUAAAUGCCCUAUGAGCCCAGGAAGCCUCUUUGGAAUUCAGUGGUUAUGGUUAGGCAACCAAAAUCACUUAAGCUGGUGCAAAAUACAAAAGCAGUCAAUAGAAAUUGAAACCUCUACAUAUGAUGGUAUUGAAUGUCUCACCAAAACCGCUCAGGUGGAGAAAAAUGUUAGUCAAAACCUCGGCUAUGUCUCAGUGAUGGUCUACAUUUUAGCUCUUUCGCGAGACAACCAAUACCUCCAAUCGGUAUCAAUUUCUUUAGUGAAAAGAUUCACUCGCCACUGACAAAAGCUGUGUAAAGCUCUAACUGAUCUAGUUUCUCACUCCUAACAUCCACUCAGAUUGUUACAUAGUGCACAUUUCUUGGCCCAUAAUGGGGUAUUUUAUAGGCCUUCUAUAUUGCCAUUGACGCUGCUAGUCAAUCAAGUAUAGGCCUAAAGAAACUUACUCCCCUCAUGGGCCUACCAAAGUGUACACAAACACUGGCUUAAUUUCUGCAGUGGACGUUAGGCAUGCGAAACUAGAGUAUAUGAAAAUGAGAGCCCCCCCCCCCCCCCCCCCCCCCGUACAUCUCCUGAGCAAUUUAUUGCACAUAUGGGGAAGUACACACGUGCUUUAUUGCACUUCAGACAUGAAUAAUAACUAAACUAUGACCAAUAAUAUCACAUUCUGCCUCCAGUUCUUCAGACACAGAACACUCGUGAUUGUUUGAAUGCAAUUAUGCCGCUCACCAUGUCGCAUUGUUGUGGUUAUUAUGAGAAAAAACGCGUUUGUGUCGCUGGAACCAAGGGACAAUGGCUGUGAAGAGUAUCAUAGAUAAUGGAUGCCAAAACAUGCACAAAUGCAAACUUUUUCUAUCAUUUUGUUUUUGUGAAAAGAUAUGGACCAGGAUGUGUGUACAUCAAUUUUGAAAAUGUUAUGGACUGCAUGUAUUUGGGUUCAAUGAAUCAAUGUCAUCCUCCCAGAAAAAACCUUUGGGUCGUUUCUAAGAUACUGUAAACCAGGAAAUAUUCGUGACAAUUAUUGUUCGCAGUUUUGUAAAAUUGCAACUUUGGCGUAGUUUUAAUUUAGCGCUUUGAGAACGCUGCAACAGAAAUUUGAGUUUAUGUUUGUUUUUCGUGGCGUUUUUUCUUGCGGAUUUUGCUAAAUGCGAAAUACGCGAAAUUAAAACGCACGCAAAAAUUACCCGGUUUACAGCAAACACACAUCCCCCCCCAUCGCCACCACACCCUGCCAAGAUUUCUGUCCUUCAGUUCCAAGUUCACCAAAAUCAUGAUGGGCUGAUAUAUAAUCACCUCACAGCAUGUUGCAAAAUUCUGUCUUCUUUGGGGUAAUUUGCUGUCAUAACCAUGGCACAGUUUGUAAUUGCGAUGCCGGAUGUUAUGUCACCUUUUGUGUUGAUGACAUUAAAGGUUGCAUCAUUUGUCAUCGGUAAUGAUAGCUAAUGGUACCAUGAUGACAUGCUAACCUGGGGGAAAUGUGAAAUGGGUUUUCGGGAUGAGAUGAGAUGAGAUGAUGAUUAGUUCCAAGAUGAUGGGCCUCUUAAAGAGGUAUGCCGUUCAUAUUCUGGUGGUCCAUGAAAAUAGAAAUGCAACUGGUCAAGUACCCUUCACUGUGCAUUGUAGUGUGUAUUGCACUAUGCACACAGUGCAAUUCACAGAAUUUGGACAUGAAAAAUGAACAAAUUGCAAACUUUUGGCUUUGUGAACAUCACCCUGUUUGACUAGUAUUCUUGCAAAAUUACUGGACCGCCAUAUAUAUAUUUGCCAAACAUGCUGAAUGAAAAUGAGUUUCGUGAUGAAAGUGUCAUAAUUGCAAGAGGCCCUAAUGUAUCAUCACGUUUUAUGUACACUGGCUGCCGGAGAUGAUAGUCGCUAUUUUCUAUAUACCCGGCGAGGCAAAGAAUAGAAAUCAAUACUUUGUGUCCAUGAUGUAUGUAUUUCUGUAUCAGGUAGUGGUUGGUUAUGGUUACAGUCGGCUGAGGGGAGUGUGCGGUCGUUGGUGAGCUUCGGAGGGGGCUGGAAGCCAUGUUAAAAUUUAUAAUGCUAGUGCAAGAAUGUGUAAUAGGGCCAUUUUUAUGAGAAAAUUUGAAUGCAUGCAUUUGCACUGGUCUGGUAUUAAAGUUGACAUAUAUUGCCGAUAGCAUUGAACUUCGCUGUCCUGAUGCAUUUUCCAUUGGCCUCAUUUUAGUUUUUCAUCAUUCUCUCAAAAUGGAAAAAAUACCUGGCCACCUUUAAUUGUUAUUGCAAGGUUAUCAUGUCUUUCAUAAACUUCUUAUUGGGUCACCUCGUGUCCCCAAAUUAGCCCCCCCCCCACCCAUUACUCAGCUUUUGUGAGGUAUGUCAAAGAAAUUGAGAAAAUUUUUCAAAAACACUGAAAGGGUAGACUAGUUUUAAUUUACUCUUGCCGCUGUGACUGUGUGCCAGUAGGCCUACCCGAUUUUGGACAAUCGGUGUGGUCGGGGAAGAUUCUUUAUUUUAAACCAGAUAACAUUGGCAGACUGGUUUCAAAUGUCAUCUUGAAAUAAAGGACAGAGUCGUUUUAAAAAGAAAAGUCGAAUCCGUGUAAAAUGCUUGGCCUGAUUGAGCCACAGAUAUGGAGUCUCUGUUUGUUUUGAUAAUUUGAUGGUUUCCGUGGAAACCACAAUGUUUAUAUUGCUAGUUGUAGAUCCAGAUGGUUGAAGCUCAAAUCAGAGGUGAUCUGAGGCCCCGCAAACGAGGGAUUUGAUCACUGCAACACACAAUCACAAUCGCAUGUGAUGAAAAUUGCCUGAGACAAGAAUCGCGAUCAAAGUGACCUUUGAUCAAUAUCUAACCCAGCAAUGACCAGUUUACCUGCAGACAAGUGAUCUAUUGCACAUUAAGUGAUAAUAAUCCCAGGUUGCGGGGAUUCAAAUCUCCCGUUUGCACCGCGCUUGAAUAAUUCUGUCGAAAUUUCAUUUUCUAUCUGUUUACAUGUUCAUGAUAAAUGUGCGAUUCGAUUCGAGGCCAAUUUUUGAGAUUUCUAAAUAUUACUUUUAUAAUAGAAGGUAAAAUAGAUAGUAUUCAUUAUUGCGGCUGUAGGUUUUUAAUAAAACAUCGCUGAAUUGGCUCAGCUUUUUAUGAUUGUAAUCUGAUUGUAUUCAAUGUUUUUCACGCUAACUUGAGCAGAGAUGGAAGUAAAUAUAUAGGAAUAAUGUAUAUCUAAACCGGUUCUUGUUGAAUUGGACUGCAGACGUUUAAAAAGUGGGACUUUCCAGUCGAAGGUGUUGGUUGUUACAAUGUAAUUUGGACUCGCUUAUGAAAACGCCACGCCUACUUGUAAGGUAAGAUGUUACAAUUAUAGCCCCUGUUACAGUUAUGGCCUCUUUAUGCAUAAAUGUACACUGCAAGCUGUUUUCUACGAGAUAGAGUCUAUAAUUGUACCAGCUUACCUUAUAAAAAAUUCCAACCUUUCAGAUUUGGGGCCCAUAAUCGGGAGGUCAUGAUUUCGACUCUCAGAUGGAUCACUGUCCUUCGUCUUGGUGCCCUUAUGCAAGGCACUUAACCCUAAAACUUACGUUUACAUGUUCUGUCUGGUUUCAUGGAUGUUUGACGUUCCCAUGGUAACAACACUAGUUCCUGAUGUACACUGCUACGAUUAGUGUUUUAUCGCCAUGACAAUGAAUUUCACUCAUGUUGCAUCCGUUCCUGCAAAGUGUCGCGCAAAACAGAUUUUUUUUUCCAGCGACCUGCAGUAAUUAUUGCAUGUGACAAAAGUCUGUUGUUUGUGGCGUUUGUUGCAGGUGCUUACAACGAAAAUCUGUUGUUGCUGUGCACUGUGAUAAAUACCGAACACUGCGAUGACCUCAUUACCCGCACACAAGUAAUCUUUUUGUCACUCAUUUCAAGGAUCAUGAUUGCGGGUUGCGGGAAUAGAAAUAUCUCGUUUGUGGGUGGGGUGCUUUAGGAAAUGCUUGAAGUCGAGUGGCACUUCUUCUGCUUCAAGAUUACAUGUUUUCAUCAUAAAAAACCUCUCAGCAUUUGAUAAAAAUGUCUGCAACAGUUGGAAUUGCACAAAAUGCAAGGUAACAUAUUUUGUUAGAACACUCAAUGCCACCUGGAAGUAGUUUCAGGGGUUAAAAGUCGCACAGCUUUUAUGUGAUCUCAGAUCGAGUUUUGAAUGUUAACCCUGGACACGCCAUGAUGCCAAAUGAUAGGGCCAUAGCUAGGGGGGAGGGGGGCAGUGAGGCAAAAGGGUGUCUUGCUCCCUCCCCCAACCCUGUGAGAAACAGCUAACUACAGGCUGGAAUGCUUUCCCAAAUCAUACUAAUUCAAUCUUAACAAACAUGGUGUUAAAUUUGUGUUUCCAUCUCGAGAUUAACUGGCUGAUAACCAAUUCAAAACUUAGCAGCGAAAAUGUUGAAGUAAUCAAGGUAAAUGUCAAAUGAAAAAAAACAGUCAUUGUAUAAAAAUACAUGGUAACAGUUGCAUGAUGACAUUAGCAUGAUUAUGGCAGUUAUUUCGAGGUGUGGUGUCAGCUUAAAGUUCAUCAUUAAGAAGUAGGAGAACUUUUAUAUCUUGCCAAUUCAAUUAACUUUAGAUAGAAAAGAGAUUUUGUAUGAUCCAUUUCACGAUACCAUGGUACUAGAGGCAAGAAGAGCCUAAAAUGGACACCUCUUAUCAGGACACCUCUCUAUUAAGGACAGCACUUGUCAGUCCCGAGGGUGUCCUCAACAGAGUGGUUCUACUGAAUUCUAAAACCAAGUGAUCCGCACAGUCCAAAUUACAAUUGACAUCCCUCAAAUUAGUCACGCGCUACCCAGCGUGUAGGUCACGCAUAAGUCGCGUGUGAUAUUUACGCAACCUUCGAAAAAGCAUAGAGCGAUAAGUGUGCAACUGACGCGAAGCAGAGGAGAUGUUAAUUGUGACUUGGACUGUAUGGUGGAGGGGGAUUUUAAUUCUUAGAUGACAUGUACUGUCCAGGUCUCAAAAUAUACACACACCCUCUACAUGGGCCAGAGACAUUGUUCUUUAAACAGUGUAUUCUACGAGGGUUUCCUCCAGAAAGGGGGAUGGAGGAAAUGAUGCCCAUCUAAUUAAAUUGAUAUGGCCUUAAAUUGAUGUGGCCUCAGAAUAGAAUGAUAUUCAUUUUGACGUCAGAUUGACGUCUGAGUUUAUGUUAGAUUCAGAUGUCAGGCGUCUUUCCGUGUCCAAGGUGACCGCAGUGUUGUUUGGUGAUUUGUGGUUUUGUGUCCACAAAAUAUAUAGUACAUGUAGUACGCCUAUCAUAUUGUUUUUAACAGAUCGAAAAGUUACUUUUGAAUUUUUACACUGAUAUGCUUCGUUUUUACUCACGAAAACUAUUAUUUGAUAUAAAGCCGUUAUGUUUUAUAAUCUACAUGUGUAUAGGGGGCACUGUAUGCCUGUAUCGCUAGUAUGUUAGUUAGUGCAGUGACAGAUAGGUCCGAUAAGCUGUAUGUAUUGCGUUCAUAUCAUGUGCAGUGGAACCUCCCUUAGCAGUCUAUAAUCCGGACACCCUCUCUAUUAGGGACAAUGAUUUCAGUCCCAAGUGGGACGUUCCAAUACGAUUUGACCUAAAUAAUCAGGACACCUCUCUUUUAAGAACAGCAUUUAUCAGUCCCUCAGUCCCAAGGGUGUCCUUAUUAGAGAGGUUCUACUGUACGAAGAUUUCCAGACCGUAAAUCAUGUGAACUAGGAGAUGUUCUCCAAUGUACAGGAUAAUGAGCCGUAUUAUAGUUUUCUUAUAUGUUGCCAUGGUUACUAGUGUGUACUUCUUCACCGGUAGUUUUCAAUUGCAUUCGGAAAACAUUGAAAUAGGAAUAAAUAAAAGCUAGUCUUAAUUUAUUCUUGAUUGAACAAUUUUUUCCUUGGAUUGGACAUGAACGUUGACAAAUUAAAGUCGAUUUUCAAAUUGCUUCUACUGUUUGAAAUCAGCAGCCUGGUCCACAGGAUGACCUUGUCCCCAGGAUGAUCUUAUUUUCCGCCAUUACUACUACUGCUUGUACACUUGUAGCCAUGAUGGUUUCUUGUGUUUUUUAUCAGAUUAUGGAAUAAUGAAAAUGCUUUGUAAAUUGAUAACUAAAAUAAACAACUAUACUGG